GGUGUUCCAUCAUCUGCACUUCGAGAGAUAUGCCUUCUGAAGGAAUUGAAACACAAGAAUAUUGUACGACUUCAUGAUGUUUUACAUUCAGACAGAAAGUUGACGCUGGUUUUUGAACAUUGUGACCAAGAUUUAAAAAAAUAUUUUGAUAGUCUCAAUGGGGAAAUAGAUCCUGAUAUAGUGAAAUCUUUUAUGUUCCAACUUUUGAGAGGGCUAGAGUUCUGUCACAGUCGAAAUGUUCUUCAUCGAGAUCUGAAGCCUCAGAACCUCCUUAUUAACAAGAAUGGGGAGUUAAAACUAGCAGAUUUUGGCCUUGCUAGAGCUUUUGGUAUUCCAGUAAGAUGUUACUCAGCAGAAGUAGUCACGUUAUGGUAUCGGCCACCAGAUGUUCUCUUUGGAGCAAAAUUAUACAAUACCUCUAUUGAUAUGUGGUCGGCUGGUUGUAUAUUUGCUGAGUUGGCAAAUGCUGGGAGACCAUUGUUUCCAGGUAGUGAUGUAGAUGAUCAGCUGAAACGAAUAUUUAAACUUCUUGGCACGCCAACAGAAGAUACUUGGCCAGGGAUGACUUCUCUUCCAGACUAUAAAACUUUCCCUUUAUAUCAACCUACAAUGUCAUUAGCCCAAGUGUGCCCAAAACUUAGCAGUAAAGGUCGGGAUUUGGCUCAGCGACUCUUGAUCUGCAACCCAGCAGUAAGAAUGAGUGCAGAAGAUGCUAUGAAUCAUUCUUACUUCGCUGAUCUUCCUCCUUCUAUUCGUAAUGGUUAAAUAAACAUAAAUUAGGACACUUUUUAUGAGAACUGAAUUCAUAAUUGCUAGGAAUAAGAUAUGAAAUGAUAAAAUUUAUUUUGAAUUUGUAUACCAAAUAUAGAUUUCAGAACCUUUAGGAAUCUUAGAUUUCUCUACUUCUUAAUGUAAAUUUCAAAUCCAAUGAAGUAAAACCUUAUACAUAAGAUUGAGUUAGAAAGGUGGUACUACAAUUCCUUUCUGUGUAUGUAUUGUAUCAU